AUGCAGAAGGCUUUGGCUAACAGUCGCCUCUGUGAUCUCACCACAAGGGGGGACAAAGACUGGCUGCAGCAAAGCUUCUUUGAAAGAGAAGGGGACAGAGCCAAGAUGUCUGAAAACCAAAACUGGGGGCAGCAGCGGCCAGAAACCGGCACUGCCCAACAGUCAAACAUGAAGAGAAACACCUAUGAAGUCAUGGGCCACGAGGAGCAAGUGCUCAUCAACCGCAGGGACAUUACAGAUAAGAAGGAUGCUUGGGACAUGCAGGAGUUCAUCACCACCAUGUACAUCAAGCAGUUGCUUCGACAUCCGGCCUUCCAGCUGCUGUUGGCCUUGCUGCUGGUGACCAACUCCAUUACCAUUGCUAUUCGGACCAACUCUUUCCUCGGUCAGAAACACUAUGAGUUGUUCUCCAUCAUAGAUGACAUUGUGCUGACCAUCCUUAUCUGUGAGGUUCUCCUCGGCUGGCUCAAUGGCUUCUGGGUUUUUUGGAAGGAUGGCUGGAAUAUCCUUAACUUCUUAAUUGUCAUUAUCUUGUUCAUGGGGUUCUUCAUAAAACAACUUGCUAUUCCUGCUGUCACCUACCCCCUCAGGGCACUUCGGCUGGUACAUGUGUGCAUGGCAGUGGAACCCCUAGCCAAGAUCAUCAGGGUCAUCCUGCAGUCAGUGCCGGACCUGGCUAACGUCGUGGCCCUCAUCCUCUUCUUCAUGCUGGUGUUCUCUGUGUUUGGGGUCACACUCUUUGGUGCAUUCGUGCCCAAGCAUUUCCAAAACAUGGGGGUCGCCCUGUAUACCCUCUUCAUCUGCAUCACCCAGGAUGGAUGGCUGGACAUCUAUAGCGACUUCCAGAUGGAGGAUAGAGAGAUUGCCAUGGAAGUUGGAGGCGCCAUCUACUUUGCCAUCUUCAUCACCAUCGGUGCUUUCAUCGGUCUCAACUUGUUUGUCGUUGUCGUGACCACAAAUCUGGAACAAAUGAUGAAGAUAGGAGAGCAGGGUCAACAUCGACAGAUAACUUUUAGUGAGGUGCAUGGGAUGGAUGACUUUGUUGAUGACCUGCCCCUGGUGCAUUGUACAGAAGCCCGAAAGGAGAUAUCUGGUCACCCUCAGGAGCCUCUGGUUGGGGGUCCCCUGUGCAACCUCACAGAAAAGACUUGCGACAAUUUCUGCCUGGUGCUUGAGGCAAUACAGGAGAACCUGAUGGAGUACAAAGAGAUCCGAGAGGAGCUCAACACGAUCCUGGAGGAGGUGCGCUCCAUCCGUUACAACCAGGAGCAAGAAAAGGAACUGAUGCAUAGGCACACCUCCAAAAGCCUGUCCUCCCAGAGUGAUUCCUCCUUAGACAUGCGUGAGGUGGCUACCCAGCAAGACUUGAUCUCUGCACUGGUCAGCAGGGAAAAGGUUCAUGAUUCUAGCACAAAUAUGCUUAGCAAACACAAGUUCAGCUUCUAAGAAGGCAGAAUGGGAACCAAGGGACCUGCACACACAUGGGGCCAGCUGCUACAUCAUCCUGCAUCC